GCGGAGGACUUGAAGGAACUGGUAAAUAGUGCCAGUGAAGCGCCCGGCGUUGUCGCCAACGAAAUUGCUCAUCCUACCCUGCCGAAACCUAUGCGACUCUCGACUACUGGUGGUGAAGCCUCGAAGCGAAAAAGUUUGCCAACCCAGCCGCCUCCAAGUAGCCUCGGCACUCUCACAUCACCGGACUACCGUUACGCCAAUUCGGCUGAUUCCAUUGAACAGAGGAUUGGGUUUUUCGAUUGA